AUGAGGUCCUUCAUCAAGUCUCAUAAAAAUUCAAAUUCUUUAGAUGGUAGCCAAAGUAGAUGGAAUAAUUCAGAAGUACCGAACGUGCAGAGGUCCAGUGCUGAUUCAUUCAAUUACUCUGGUUCUACUGUAAUUAGCAGUAAUUCUAACACUGUUACAAGUAUGAGUAUACCUAAUAAUCUACCAAAUUCGAAAAAUUAUAGUCCUAAACACACACCAAGUUUUGAAUCAUUCCAUAGAUUAGCGAAUAAAAUACCUUCAAAACUAUUCAAGAAAAGUUCAAACAAUGCUUUGAAUGCCACGUAUAAUAACAGUUUACAUUUAGGUGAGUCUUUAAGUUCUCCUCCUACUCCAAGGACUAUAAAUACGUCAACAGAUGCUAUACAAAAAGUCAGAUCAACUGAAUCAGAGAUAGAAAUACCUUCUAUAAAAGGUACUAUAACUCAUUCAUGGGGUACCAGAUCCGAUACAGGGGGGCACUCCAUUAUUGUAUUGAAUGAACCAAGAUCAUCUUUAUCUGGAGCUUCUAAUUCAGAUUAUUCAGAUUUGGAACCAGCCGCACGCAUAUCUGGUUUAAAGAGACCAUCGAUUGUCUCAAUAAAGACCAACAAUUCUUUUGAAGAAUAUAACUCAACUCCUAUUAUAACUGAAGAAGAAGAUUUAAAAAAUUUUGAUAGUAAAAUUAUCAACCCAUCCACACCAAAUGAUAUUAAUGCAGUAAAGUAUAAUAAUAGAAAAACACAAAUAAUUGGGAAUGAAAAUUUAUUUAGAACUUCAAAUUUACAAAAUAAAGUUAGAAAGCAUUUUAUAUCUCCAUUAGAGAAUCUUAAUGAGAAUGUAUUAGAAGCUGAUAAUAAACAAGGUGUUGUAGAAAAUGUACAAAGGAAAAAAAAGGUUCCAAAUUUAAAUGCAAGUCCACAAGACACUAUUGAUGGUAACAGAAGCCGAACUAUAAGUUUUGCUGAAACAUCUAAAACACUCCCACAGAUGGAAGGAGCUAGUGAUGCUGAUGGGGAAUCUGACAGUUGCUCAGAAACAACUGAUGAUGACGAUGAUGAUAAUACCUCAAAAUUCUCAUUCGAGUAUAAUAGACCAAACGGUAGAACGGCUUCAAUGAAGUAUUAUUCAAAACCUGAACCUGUCAAUAAUAUUUACAUUGAUGAUUUAUAUGAAGAUGAAAAUUUUGAUGAAAAUAUGAACUAUGACGAGGACAGUCUUGAUGGUUUUGAGUUUCCUUCUAAUAAGUUUGAUUAUGGAAAUGAAAAUAGUGAUGAAAACGAUGAUAUCCAAGGACAUGAAAAUUAUGUUGUUCAAGAUAAUAAUAGUAGCAAGGGACCAAAAUUGAAAUCGGAAGCACCAAAAAAAGUUCAAACAUACAAUGACUUAUUUGAUCUUUCUGAUGACUUCGACUACGAUCCCAGUGAUGAAUAUCAAAAUGAGACAAGACUAAUACAUGAGAUGUGCGAAGAUGGAGAGGCAAGCCAAAUAGAUAAUAUGAUGGUGGAUGAAAAUAUUAUAUCCCCUCAGAAAAGUUUAACAUCCUCCAAAAGCUUUAACAAUAGCAAUGUUUCAAAAAGUAGUCCUCUUAUUAAGCCACUAGAAACUCCAAAAAAGAAGAUAAUCGUUAAACCAGUAGCAUCGUUUGCAGAUAUAUUUAAUCUAGAUGAUGAAGAAGAUAGAGAUUUUAAAGAUGAUGAUAGUUGUAAUGACGAAUCAGAUGGUGAAUACGUUUUGAAAGAUCCCUUCAAUAUUCCUGGGGGUAAGAAUCUUUUAAAUAGACAUAAGUCUUUGAAGAAGAAUUCUUCUUUUUCACUUAAAAAGAUUCCUAGUAAUGGGGAUUCUAUCGAUAAUAAUUUGAUGGAUAAAAAGCUGGAUAAAUAUAUCGUUGAUAUAAAUAAAAGCAUUAAAAAGCAUUCAGAUAUUCCAGAUUUGCAUUUUGUUCCACCAGACAAUUCUAGUGAUAUCAUCCUUCCUAAACGGUCACAGUCAUUGAAAUAUCAUGAUUUAAGCAGUAUUUUAGAUUCAGAUGUACCUGGGUCGACAAGAGAUUUAUUUUUCAUCGAUGAAGCAGAAGAAGAUUCAUAUAAUGUUAAACAUGGUUUAACUGAAGAAGAAUAUUUAGAUGAAAUUAAUAAUGUACCCGAAGACUUUUAUUUCUCUGAUUCAGAACAAGACAUGAGUCCCAUGAAAUCCCCAUUUCGUAGAUCGAACACUGGGUCCUUUAGAAGAACACAUAGUUUUUCUGGGAAGCCAAUUGGCGCUGCAAAAGAUAAUACUCCUGUUAAAAGUAAAUUAGAAAUAAAAAAUAAAACUGUAACAUUUUUUAAUCAUCCAUGGACUCCAAAUUCACAAUCUGGAUUUUCUGGGAAAUCUCCAAAGAAGUCUAUCAAAAAGACAGAUAAUUUAGAAAAUUCAGAAGAAGAACAUCUUCUGGCGACACCAAAGAGAGAUGAUAGUUCUGCCUAUGGUUUUUCUACGCCAGAUCGUCAGUUCAGGAAACCUACACCUGAGUACCUGCAGGAUUAUUCGUUAAGUCCAAUUCAGGAAGGGUAUUCUUCUGUUGAUAACUCUCCUAGGUGA